AUGGAGCACUCGCCCCCUUCCCUGACUAGGUCGCCGGUGUCCUCUCCGAAUACAAAUUUCUCAGCAAGCCCCAACCUGGACUAUCCCUCGCUGGACAACGAUUCGCCACUCUACAAUAUUGGCUUGACGUAUGAGCAGUCCUGCGCCGUGAUGCCCUCCCACAUGGACCGAUACGCACUGCCGCCGCUGGAAGCCGUGACUUCGGCCGAGUGGACGGGAACGACGCUGAUACAUGCUGAGGCGGAAUCGGGUGUGCCGCACGGCCUGUCGACGGAUUAUGACCAGUUCGGCAACUACGAGGCUGCCAUGCACACGCCGUAUAGCCACGAUAUGUACUCUUCGCACCCGGCCCAGGCGCCAGCGACGCUUCCUAGUAACGCUCGGCAUCUGCCCUCGAUGUCGUCUCGCUCCCCGGUCUCAUCGUCACGGCACCAUUUCUCUUACCACGACCAACACAGCGUCUCGCCCGUACCGCGGCUAAAGAUGGAGAGCGCUGCCGACUACUCAAGUGGAGGUGAGACGCAGUAUCCCUCGCCUCGCGCGGUCCAUGCCCUGCCCUUGCCCCAGGAGCCCGGCGGUUACGGCUCGAACGUCGGCAGCCCAGGCUAUCUGUCCGACGCCCCCUCGGGCUCGUGGCCCAGGUUGGAGUACCCACCCCACUACUACGCCGGUGCCAGCGGCUCGGGCACAUCCCUCCUCCCGGAUGACAAGCGACAGGUGCUCAGGGCAUCGCGGUCGCAGAGACAGCCACGCAAGCUGACGACGAAGGAGGAGGCCAACUUCCAGUGCGAGGUCAAGGGAUGCGGCAAACUGUUUAGCCGGAGCUACAACUUCAAGGCGCACAUGGAGACACACGACGAACAGAGAGAGUACCCCUUCCCCUGUACGGUGCCCGACUGCAACAAGAAGUUUGUGCGCAAAACGGACCUCCAAAGACACAACCAGAGCGUUCACAUGAAGGAGAGGAACCACAAGUGCGACUUUUGCAGCCGGUUGUUUGCGAGAAAAGAUACUCUACGGAGGCACAUGGAGGACGGCUGCUCCAAACGCUUCGAUAUCGGCACGCUGGAUCUACGCGAGGCCGAGCCCUACGAUUCUUACCACACGCACCCGAGACCACUGGACAACGCGUCCGGACACCUGGCAGCACCGGAGCAACUGCCCCCGAUGACGAUGCCGCCUCUAUAUGCAAAGAGACGAUGA